UUUGUUUUCAAAAUUCGCUUUGUCAAAAAAAUACAACACUCAUUACAACAUUUUCCAACAAGUUGUGCUAUUUAUUUAGGAAGGAAAAUCUCCAACACAAGAGGUGUAUGAAUCGUGUAUAUGCAAUGUUGCUUGUUGGAGCUCAUCCGUACAUUUAGCAUCGCUGCUGUAAUUAGUCAUGCCAUCUCGACACGAUAAGAAGAAGAUCUCAACUCAAGUAUAGCCAGUAACCAGCUUGGCAUACAUGUAAUCACCUUCAGAACCAGAUAAACAAUUGAUCAAAUCCUGACAAGCAUUCUGCUAGCUGUGUUCUCUUAACAGUCAACAUGGGCUCUAGCUAGAUCGGAACAAUACAAGAACUUUUAUAAUAAAGCAAGAUGAAUCAGGACUAUGAGAAACGACUUCUUAGUCAGCAGAAUGGCCAAGGAUCUGUGGGCUCUCCGAUAUUAACACCGUUGUCUCCUGGUCAAGCUGCAUCCCCUAAUAAAGACAGAUACAGCGACAGAUUCAUUCCAAGUCGUGCAGGGACCAACUGGUAUGUUGGAUUUAACUCAAUUCAAGAGCAGAAUGAAGAGUUACCGACGGCAACGAGAAGACCUAAAGAUGAGACUGAUACCAGCAAAGGUAAGGCUACAGACAUGCUAGCCUACCACUGUCUCCUGAAGAACGAGCUUCUUGGAGCUAACAUUGAUAAGAUUAAAGACCCACAGUGUGAAGAUAGGCGGAUGGUUAGCCCACAGAAGGCCAAGAGAAAUCUAUUCCAGUAUAGCGUCCAAUCCAAGAGACCCAGCGUGGCUAAGAGUGAAGACUCUUCAUCAUAUUCACUAUCACCCGUAGGGAGUAAAAGCCAAAAGCUUUUACUUUCACCUCGUAAACCAAUGCGUAAGAUAUCCAAGAUUCCCUUCAAGGUGCUCGAUGCUCCGGAACUACAAGAUGAUUUCUAUCUUAAUCUGGUCGAUUGGUCCUCAACGAAUAUCCUGAGUGUUGGUCUGGGAACCUGUGUCUAUCUAUGGAGUGCGUGUACAAGUCAGGUAACUAGACUAUGUGAUUUAUCAGUGGAUGGUGAUACAGUGACAUCGGUAUCUUGGAAUGAAAGGGGCAAUUUAGUUGCUGUAGGAACACAUAAGGGACUGGUACAAGUAUGGGACUCGUCUACCCAGAAGCGGGUCAACACACUUAAAGGUCACUCGGCAAGAGUAGGUGCUUUGGCAUGGAAUGCAGACAUGUUAUCAUCGGGUAGUAGGGAUCGAAUGAUUCUACAGAGAGAUGUACGCACCCCUACCACCCCGGAGAGACGUCUUGCCGGGCAUCGACAAGAAGUUUGCGGCUUGAAAUGGUCACCUGAUCAUCAACAUCUAGCCUCAGGAGGCAACGAUAAUAAGUUAUUUGUUUGGAACAACUCAAGUCUAACGCCAGUGCAGCAAUACACUGAACAUCUAGCUGCCGUUAAAGCCAUAGCUUGGUCACCCCAUCAGCAUGGUCUACUAGCCUCAGGGGGCGGUACGGCCGAUCGAUGUAUCCGUUUCUGGAAUACGUUAACUGGACAACCACUGAACUCAGUAGAUACAGGCUCACAAGUCUGCAAUCUUGCCUGGUCCAAACAUGAUAAUGAAUUGGUGAGCACACACGGUUAUUCACAGAAUCAGAUACUGGUAUGGAAGUACCCAUCAUUGGUAGAAGUAGCCAAGCUGACUGGGCAUACCUAUAGAGUCUUAUACCUGGCUGUAUCUCCUGAUGGGGAAGCUAUAGUAACGGGAGCUGGGGAUGAAACUCUAAGGUUCUGGAAUGUCUUCAGCAAAUCAAGAUCAUCAAAGGAAUCCAAAUCCGUCUUGAAUCUAUUUAAUCAUAUUAGAUAAA